AAUUGUUCCCCGGAAUUCAAAGGAGGCGGCGAAAAAAAAUGAAUGUAAGAGAAUGCAAUCGGAAAGGGCGGCGAAUGCUUCAAAGGGAGGACGAAUACUAUUAUGAUGACGAUGGUGUCGUUUCCUGGAAGCUGCUCAACCUCGCUGAUCACUACUUCUGAUCACCUAACUCAUGGGAAUAGAAUUUAUAUACUGUGGACCAGUCAAGUACACGGUUUUGGUAGUUUUCAGCUCACACUUGGGCCUCUGUUACAGGUUUCUUUACACUUGUUGAACAAGGAGAUUAUUUGCGCGUAGAGGUUUCACGCGAGUUUGAAGAAGCAUAAUCCUGUGCAAUUACGUCUAGUGGAGUUACGCCAGGGCCUUCAUUUUGCCGUCUUCGACUGAAUUUCUGAAAAUAUUCAGCUUGACUUUAUUUUCUUGAUCGGGAAUGUAACUUUGAGCAGGGCCUUCACAUAGAUUCCUUGGGCAACACAAAUAUAGUGGAAGGAUGGAUUAAUUUUGUGAUCUUGUAAUAAAGGUCAAACGAAGAUAUUGAAGCAACAAACUUUCGUCCUACUGAUUGACUUGUACUGGAUUUAUACAUGGGAGAUCCCAGAUUUGGGUAUUGGGUAUAUUAUAGCGUUUUUGAGAUUACGCUAAUUUCUCAGCUGAAACACAGAUAGAGGAUAGAGAAUUUGAAGAACACCAGGGAAAAUAAAGUAGCGUACCUUGUUCUCAUAUAAAGGCAUCAAACACAUUGCAGCACUUCUAUAACAGCGAAGCCAACUGGUUUCGAGGAAUAAUAAGGGACAAGUUUUCUAAAGAGGCAUUUACGGAUUCCAGCAGGUAGGGGUGGAGAUUAUUCAAACGAGGAAAUGGAAUGUAUAUGGAGGAGUUGUUUCAGAUUUCAACUCUGCCAAGUAUUCUAUAUGGUGUUGCUAUUGCAUUUGGCUGUUCAGAAAUGUUGGUCUCUUAAUUUUGAAGGCCUGGCAUUGUUGGCAUUUCGGGGUCGUGUGGACAGGGAUCCAUACACCGCCUUGUCAGAUUGGAAUCCUUAUGAUGAAGAUCCUUGCAAGUGGUAUGGAGUGCAUUGUGUGGAUGGGAAAGUCGUCUCCCUUGAGUUGGCAGAGCUAUCUCUUCAAGGAAUUUUGGCUCCUGAGCUUGGGCAGCUCAUCCAUCUCCAAAAGCUUAUACUAUUCCGUAACAAUUUUUAUGGGACCAUUCCAAAAGAGCUUGGAGAAUUAGAAAACUUGGAGGAGUUAGAUUUAGGUCACAAUUGUUUGUUUGGGGAGAUUCCAUCUGAUAUUGGAAAUAUAUCAACCCUCAGAAGCCUUCUUCUGAGUAACAAUGAACUUGAAGGCAGCAUUCCUCCCGAGCUUGGCAAUCUUAAUUUACUUACUGAGUUACAUCUAGAGAGAAACCAAUUGUCUGGUGUUAUACCAGGAUUUGACCAAAGAAUCCGAAAACUUGGCAAAAGCAUCAGUCUAUGUGACCUGAAGCACCUUAAGAAAGUUGAUUUUUCAUUCAACUACAUUGGAGGAGAAGUUCCUGCGUGUCUAGAUCACUUAAGCUGCUCAAGUUUCAAAUGGAAUUGCUUCUAUAAUCAAACAUCAGAGCAGCGCCUUCAGCAAGAAUGUGGUAAUAGAGGACUGCAUUCACAUCAAAGAGAAUGGAGAUUAACUAUAGAAAGAACUGGAGUGUUGACAGCUUCGGAAAAUAAGCAUACUCCAAUUCGUAAAGCACCAGAAUUCACUAGUGGUAGCGGUAAUGGACCUGCAGUGGAAGCACCGUCUUUUUCCCUAUUUCCAUCUCCAUCCCCAUCUCCAUCUUCAUCCCUGGUAUCACCAUCCUUAACUCCCUUUCCCUCGCCUUCUGAACCUUUGGUUGCACCCUCACAAUCACCUUCAAUGUCGCCUAAACUAGCACCUUCUCUUCCUUCACCACCUUCUACAUUAUCCGGUUCAUCACCCUCAUCCUCAAGCAGAAAAUCAAUGACAUACGUCUAUCAUAUAGGGAUUCCCGUGGUGGCAUCUCUUCUUUUAACUUCUUUCAUUAUAUUAUGUAUUUUUCGCAACCGCAGUGUGGCUACAAUAAGGCCUUGGAAAACUGGUAUAAGCGGUCAGCUGCAGAAAGCAUUUGUUACAGGUGUUCCUAAACUAAACCGACAAGAUUUAGAAGCAGCUUGUGAAGAGUUCAGUAAUGUCAUUGGUUCCUCACCUGAUGGGAUGAUAUUCAAAGGGACUCUUUCAAAUGGUGUUGAAAUUGCUGUAACUUCUACCACAAUAUCAUCUGCAAAGGAUUGGUCACCUCGCUCAGAAUUUUAUUUCAGGCAAAAGAUUGAAAUACUUUCCAAGAUUAACCACAAAAACUUUGUUAAUCUUGUUGGGUAUUGUGAGGAAGAGGAGCCAUUUAUAAGAAUGAUGGUUUUUGAAUAUGCUCCAAACGGUACCCUGUUUGAACAUCUUCAUAAUAAAGAAGCCGAACAUUUGGAUUGGGCAGCAAGAAUGCGAAUUAUAAUGGGUGUAGCAUACUGUCUUCAAUAUAUGCAUCAUGACCUGGAUCCCCCUGUUACUCAUCCUAGCCUACAUUCUAAUGCAAUCUAUUUGACAGAUGAUUACGCAUCCAAGCUUUCAGACCUUGAUUUGUGGAAAGAGGCUGCCCUUAAGGGUGAUCAAAUGAAGUUAUCUAGUGAAAGUGAGGGUCUUAAUAGCUAUGAUGAUAUAGAGCUCUCAGACAGGCAUUCUCUAGAUAGUGACAGCAACGUAUUUUGCUUUGGAGUUCUCUUGCUUGAAAUUAUCUCUGGAAAGCUUCCAUAUACCCAAGAUCAAGGCCUGCUUGUCAAUUGGGCUAUGGAAUACCUUCAGAACAAGGACACGAUGAAUGACUUGGUAGAUCCUUCUUUGACAUCUUUCCAGAAUAAUGAGUUACAAUUAAUAUGUGAGAUUGCACAGUCCUGUAUUCACCCAGAUCCUCAACAGAGACCAACAAUGAAGGAAAUUGUUUCAAAAUUAAGAGAUGUUCUAUCAAUCUCACCAAAUGCAGCAAGUCCAAAAUUAUCCCCCCUAUGGUGGGCAGAACUUGAGAUUCUUUCCCAAGAUGGUAGCUAGUAUAACUUCUAGAUCACAACCCCUCUAGUUUGUUAAGCCAAGAGGUGUAUGAAGUGUGCAUAAUAGCUGUAAAGAAGGAUUUUGUUGAGCUUUCUAGUUUUCUCAUACUGUUUUAUGCCUAUCUAGUUGUUGUAUUGCCCGAGGAUUCUUGUUGCAAUAAGCAAGCUUGUUAGAUUUUAUUGAAAUUGUCCUGUAUAGGCUUAUCUUGUCCGUUACUGUACUAAUUUUUCCAAGUUUCAUUCAAUUUACAAGUUGAAAAACCUUACUAAAAGGUUUCCUCGGCGGACACAUAUCUAGUUACUUUCUAAUAUGCCACAUAUUUGUAAUCAUUUUUUGGUAAUGUGAAUGAAGAUAUUCAUAUUGGCUCUGUC